AUUUCCCGGUUAACUGACUCCAAGAGCAGGAAGUCGCACUCUCGUCUCUCAGAUAGGGAAAGCGAAAAAAGAGGAGUGAUCAGUGAGGUGUCAUAAAUAUAUUCCAUUACAACAACAAUGGCACAACGGACGGUAUGACAAAGUCGUUUUGGUAAUACUAGCUAGGUAAUCACUUUCCUAGUUCUGGCGCUUUUUCGUAGGAGACUCCCUGCAAAGAAGCGUGAGAAGUUAUUAUUAGGGAGAAAUGGCGGACGGCGGAGGCUUCGAGUUGGGUGAUGUUGUCGACCCACCCAUUGCGCCGAAUAUCAUCUGUCCCCUUGUCACCGUUUCUGACCUACCCAGCCCGACAGCUGCAGGCCGUAACCUGAAGGAAUGGCUGCAGGAGCAGUUCAAUAAAAAGCCUGAAGAGCAGAGUGAGGACGCGCUGCUCCACAACGCUGCUUACGUAGGAGACCUGGAUACUCUAAGGAACCUGCUGCAGGAGGACAGCUUCAGAGAGCGGAUCAACGAGAAGUCUGUAUGGUGCUGUGGUUGGCUGCCCUGCACCCCUCUGCGCAUCGCUGCCACAGCCGGUCAAGGGGCCUGUGUGGCCUACCUGAUAGGCCAGGGGGCCAAGGUGGACCUAGUGGAUGUGAAGGGUCAGACGGCACUCUACGUGGCGGUGGUCAACGGACACCUGGACUGUGUGACCAUCCUCCUGGAAGCUGGAGCUGACCCCAACGGCAGCCGCCACCACCGCAGCACUCCCGUUUAUCACGCUGCACGGGUAGGCAGGGUGGACAUACUCCAAGAGCUCAUCAGGUUCCAUGCCGACGUGGAUGUGGACCACCAGCUGGGCGCCAGGCCCCCGUUUGGUGCAGCCCGCACCCUCACCACACUGGUGGUGUGCCCGCUCUACAUCAGCGCCGCCUACCGCCACCUCCACUGCUUCAGCCUGCUCCUGGCGGCCGGCGCCCAGCCGGACUACAACUACAACGGACCAGUGAGCCGCGAAGCGCUAGCAAAGGGUUUGGCCUCCUGCCUGCUGGAUGCGGUGCUGAGACGCGGCUGUGAGGCGGCGUUCGUCAGACUGCUGCUAGACCACGGUGCCGAGCCCAGCCUGGUACCCUGGGAGCAGCCCCACCGAGAGGGAGCGACCGCCGGGGGCCGAGAGAGGGUUGACCCCGAAGCCCUGCAGCUCUACUUGGAGGCCAGGAGAUGUCCUCAUAGGCUGACCUACCAAUGUCGGAUCAGUAUUAGGAAAGUGAUGGGGAAGCAUCGGCUAAAACACAUCCCUUCUCUACCGCUCCCGGACCCCAUUCAGAACUUCCUGCUUCACCAGAACUGACUCUGGCAGGCCUUGCCUUUGAUUAUCGUUAUGCUAUUAUGAACAGUGACGGACUUACCAUUAGGCAGAAGAGGCAAUUGCCUCAGGCUUCACAUCAUAAUCAAGGGGCCUCAUGAGCUGGGCAUAAUUUAAACAAAUAAAACUAGUCAUCUUUUUGUUUAUUUCUCAGCUUGGGCUGUUGAGGUCCCUUGAUUUCUCAGCUUGGCCCCUUUAUUUCCCAGCUUGGGCUGUUGAGGCCCCUUGAUUUCUCAGCUUGGCCCCUUUAUGUCUCAGCUUGGGCUGUUGAGCCCCCCCCCCCAUUCUCUGCUCAAAGGCUGGACUGCUCAGUAGGUUGGUUCAGCAGCAGCAAAAUCUGCAGGAAGCUUCAAAGUUGCAAACGAAAUGGGGAAGAGUUUCUUUGCCUGGUAAUGAGGCCACAUGGUUGUCAAAAAUACCUCCCAAAAAGUAAAUGAAUCCAUAUAGCUGAAGAAUAAUAGAUCAAUAAUUUAUUUCUAUACAAAUACACUACGUGUACGAAACUUUAGGAACACCAUCUCUUUCCAUGAGAUAGGCUGACCAGGUGAAUCCAGGUGAAAGCUAUGACCCUAUAUUGAUGUCAUUUUUUAAAUCCACUUCAAACAGUGUAGAUGAAGGGCAGGAGAUGGGUUAAAAAAAAUACUUUUACACCUUGGGACAUGGAUUGUGAAUGGGCAAGACAAAAGAUUGAAGUGUCUGCGGGGUAUGGUAAUGUAGUUGAUGCCAGGCGCACCGGUCUGAGUGUAUCAAGAACUGCAACGCUGCUGGGUUUUACUCGCUCAACAGUUUCCCAUGUGUAUCAAGAAUACACAUGGGAAACACCCAAAGGACACCCAGCCAACUUGACACAACUGUGGGAAGCAUUGGAAUGAAAAUGGUCCAGCAUCCCUGUGGAAUGCUUUCGACACCAUGUAGAGUCCAUGCCCUCACGAAUUGAGGCUACUCUGAGGGCAAAAGGGGGUGCAACUCAAUAUUAGGAAGGUGUUCCUAAUGUUUUGUACACUCAGUGUACAGUGCAUCAGAAACGUUGUUUAUUGCUUGUUUGCUGUGACAAAGCCUCCAUUCUCUGUAUGAGUCUGUAUGAGUUGCUUCUUGACUUAUUUGCAUACCUUCCACAUAAUUGCAAUAAUUCCAAAAACAUAUUUAUUUUCUAUUUUCUCUGUAUUAGGGCUUUCUGUACCACCUACAAAGUGAUCUGCAACUAAAGCAAUAUCUGUUUC